AGCAAUUUGAAAACCCUCUUGGCCAUUGGAGGCUGGAACUUUGGAUCUGGCCCCUUCACUACCAUGGUCUCCACUUCCCAGAACCGCAAAACCUUCAUCACUUCAGUAAUCAAAUUCCUGCGCCAGUAUGGGUUUGAUGGGCUGGAUCUGGACUGGGAAUACCCAGGCUCUCGUGGGAGCCCUUCUGGGGACAAGCAUCUCUUCACCAUCCUGGCGAAGGAAAUUCGUGAAGCUUUUGAGAAUGAGGCUAAGCAGAACAACAAGCCCAGGUUGUUAAUUACUGCGGCCGUAGCUGCUGGCGUUUCUACCAUUGAGGCUGGCUAUGAGAUCCGUGAACUUUCCCAGUACCUAGAUCAAAUCCAUGUCAUGACAUAUGACUUCCAUGGCUCCUGGGAUGGCUACACAGGAGAGAACAGUCCCCUCUACAAAUAUCCUACAGACACUGGCAGCAAUGCUUACCUCAAUGUGGAUUAUGCCAUGAAUUACUGGAAGAACAAUGGAGCCCCAGCUGAGAAGCUCAUUGUUGGAUUCCCAGAAUAUGGACACAAUUUCCUCCUGCGCAACCCCUCCAAUAAUGGAAUUGGUGCCCCUACCUCUGGUGCUGGCCCUGCUGGACCCUAUACCGGGGGGGCUGGGCUCUUGGCCUACUAUGAGAUUUGCACCUUCUUGAAAAAUGGAGCCACUGAAGCCUGGGAUGCCCCUCAGGAAGUGCCCUAUGCGUAUAAAAGCAACGAGUGGAUUGGCUAUGACAAUAUCAGGAGCUUCGAUGUCAAGGUUCAGUGGCUUAAGCAGAACAAUUUUGGAGGUGCCAUGAUCUGGGCCAUUGAUCUUGAUGACUUCACUGGCUCUUUCUGCAACCAGGGCAAAUUCCCUCUGACCUCUACUCUGAGUAAAGCCCUCGGUGUGUACAAAAGAUGCACAGCCCCUGAUGUUCCUACUGAGCCAGGGACUUCUCCUCCAGAAAAUGGAGGAAGCUCUGAAGGCAGCGGAUUCUGUGCUGGCAAAGCUGAUGGCCUGUACCCUGUGGUUGAUGACAGAAAUGCCUACUGGCAAUGCCACAAUGGAAUCACAUACCAGCAGCACUGUCCGGCAGGACUAGUCUUUGAUACCAGCUGUACUUGCUGCAACUGGCCAUGA